CAAACCGAGACGACCCGUUAUUCCAGAAUGAGCGACCAAACCGUCACGGAGGAGGCCUCCUCCCAGCCCACCCAAAGCCAACAUUACUUUGACCGCUUCUCCGAAGACGACCCCGAGUACCUGCGCAUCAGGAAUAUGGCGGCCAACCUGCGCCAGGACUUCAACCUGAUGGAGCAGAAGAAAAGGGUCACCAUGAUUCUGCAAAGCCCCUCUUUCAGGGAGGAGCUGGAGAGCCUGAUCCAAGAGCAGAUGAAGAAAGGGAACAACUCCAACAUCUGGGCCCUUCGCCAGAUCGCAGACUUUAUGGCCACCACCGCACCCUCCGCCUUCCCCACGUCGCCCUUGAAUUUAUCCACGGUGACACCUAUCAACGACCUCUACAGCACGGACUCGACCACCUUAGCCAAAGGGGAGCGGCUCAUGCGUUGCAAGAUGGGCAGCGUCUACCGGCUGCUGGACCUCUACGGCUGGUCUCAACUCAGCAGCACCUCCGUCACGCUGCGGGUGAGCAAAGAGCAAGACCACUUCCUGGUGUGUCCGUUCGGCCUUGCAUGCCAAGAAGUCACGGCUUCCAGCUUGAUCAAAGUGAACAUCCUGGGGGAAGUGGUGGAACAAGGCAGUACCAGCUUCCCAGUAGACACACAGGCAUUCAGCCUGCACUCGGCCAUCUAUGCAGCUCGACCGGAUGUGCGGUGCAUCAUCCAUCUGCACACGCCAGCCACUGCCGCAGUAUCAGCAAUGAAAUAUGGCCUCUUGCUGAUUUCUCAUGAUGCCCUCCUGGCAGGGGAUAUGGUGUAUUUUGACUACAAUGGCGAAAUGGAGGAAGAAGCGGACAGAAUUGAGCUGCAGAAGUGUCUUGGACCUACCUGCAAGGUUCUUGUACUGAGGAAUCACGGGCUGGUGGCUCUGGGAGACACAGUGGAAGAAGCCUUCUACAAGAUCUUCCAUCUGCAGGCUGCCUGUGAAGUACAGAUCUCAGCCUUGUCUAGUGUUGGUGGAGCAGAAAAUCUGAUUGUGCUGGAGCGAGAGAAACACAGACCCUUUGACGUUGGCUCUGUGCGAUGGGCCGGCAGCACUUUUGGACCCAUGCAGAAGAGCCGUCUGGGGGAACAUGAAUUUGAAGCCCUGAUGCGGAUGCUGGACAACCUUGGCUACCGGACCGGCUAUGCCUACCGCCACCCGUUUGUUCAGGAGAAAACCAAGCACAAGAGCGAAGUGGAGAUUCCGGCCACGGUCACGGCCUUCCUCUUUGAAGAAGAGGCGGCUCCCAUCUCCACCCUCCGGCAACAUGCCCAGAAGCAGCAGAAGGAAAAGACGCGUUGGCUCAACACCCCAAACACCUACUUACGGGUGAACGUGGCGGAGGAAAGCCAAGGGAGUGCAGGCAGCCAGAGGACAAAAACCACCUGGAUGAAAGCAGAUGACGUGGAGAAGUCUAGUAGCGGGACACCAAUCCGAAUUGAAAACCCAAACCAAUUUGUGCCUCUGUAUACGGACCCACAAGAAGUCCUGGAAAUGAGGAACAAGAUCCGAGAACAAAAUCGCCAGGAGGUGAAAUCCGCCGGACCCCAGUCCCAGCUGCUCGCCAGCGUGAUUGCCGAGAAAAGCAGAAGCCCGUCCACGGACAGUAACUUGGCAGACGGAGAGAUGAGAGACGACUCCCGCCAAGACGUUCCUCCUGAACCAGAACCCCCGAACCCCUUCAGCCGGCUCACCGACCAGGAACUGGAGGAGUACAAGAAAGAGGUCGAGAGAAAGAAGCUGGGCCUGGAUGGCGAGAAGGACUCUGGCUUGGAGGAAGAGAUAACAUCCCCUAGAGAACCGACCGUUUCCCCCGCCGAAGAGAGCCCCACAAAGCCUAGCCUGAAAAGCCCACCCAGGUCGCCUGCCAAGUCUUUGGAAGGCGGGAAGAAGGCAGGCAGCGGCCAGGCCCCCGACCGUCCCGAGGCCCCCGCAGAUGAGAAGGCAGAGCCCGAAGCGGCGGUGGUCGUCAACGGGAAAGAGGACGAUCAAAACAUCGAGGACGUUCUCAGCAAAGGGAUCAGCCAGAUGACCACCAACGCGGAGCCCGAAGCCACCAAGGACAAAACGGAGACAGUCACCAGCGGGCCUGUCUCCCCGGAGGGCUCGCCGUCAAAGUCCCCCUCCAAAAAGAAGAAGAAAUUCCGGGCCCCCUCCUUCCUGAAGAAAAGUAAAAAGAAAGAGAAGGCCGAGUCCUGAGGUCCUCGCCCGCCGCCACCGCCGCCACCACCCCCCGGCCACUUCCUCCCACUCUUCUGGCCCCCCUUCCGCUCUCCUCCACCCGCCUUCCACUCCUUUUUCUUGCUGCAGAGUCGCGGGAUCAACCGGGGUCAGCUUCUCCUGAGGACAGCCAGUCCUGGGAUGACAUGUUGUCGGCAGAGAGAGACCGAAGGGCCUGGGGUGCCUUUUCCCCCAGGGAACCCGCCCCCCUCGUCCGGCGUUUCGGGAGAAAGACGAGGAGCACUUUCUGGGAAUUUGCGAGACAAACCGUCCUCCUCUCCCACCCAUUUCUGCCGAGCCAAGUUUCUGCCGAGCCAAGUUCAAAAAUUGCUAUCCGGGCACGUUUGCGUCCCGUGGCGGGCAGAGGGAACGCCUGCUGGCUGGACCACUCUGAACGCCUCUUCUUUGCUCAUCCCGAGCCAUCCGAGUCCCGUGGCUUGAAACUUCCCACGGGCUGCUGGCUGGUGCACGGGGGAUCCCUGCUGGGAAACAGGGUGGCGCACCAGGGUGAGUGUGGACCUCCUGCCGAAGUAGGAGGGGGGGUCCCCACGAAGGGAGCCCUGGACGUGUCUUUGAAGCUGGUUCACCCAGAUGCCCUUCGGCCCUGGCGGAAAUCGCUCUGUGCUUCGGAAACACGAGGCGGCUCUUGCUUCAGAGCCAGGGCGGCCGGUGGAUUUCCUCGGGCAGGAGUCUGGUGAGAGGACUGCCCAGGUACCUGCUGUCACCACAAUGGGACAAUUAAAUGUCUUUGUGGGGGGGGGAGCGGAGUGUUUUACUGCAAGGCUGGCCCCCAGCUAGCGGCCCCCUUCUUUGGUGGUUCUGGGCAAAACGGGGCCUGCUGUGGUGCCAAAGGGGGCCGAUGAGAGAACCGUCCAGGGUGGCUGAAGGGACGAGCGUCACCCCCGAGGCCUGAUCUAUUCCAGAGUUCUUCUUUUAGCAGCCCACACAAGCGUGUCUGUGAACGCACAGCCGCAGGUAUGUCGCCUUGCGUACCUCCUGUUCUUUGACCUGGGUUUUCAGCAGGAGAGCAUCCCACGCUGGAUCCUGCGAUCUGCUCCUUGGCCGUGCGGCGACCCGAGUAACGAUCCGAACCAAUGCACGGAAUCCUCUCUCCCGCUUGCAGAAUCACCUGUGUUGAUUCUGGAACGAAAGCCUGCUCCAGUCUCUCGUCCUCUCUCGUGCCCCUGGCCCUGGCAGGCUUUCUUGGGGGCUGAACCUAUGCUUUGCAUGCGUCUGGCCCUGGGGUUCAACGCCUGGAUCCUCCGGGGUUUGAGUAAGGAGGAGACCCCUUACUCGAAAAGGGGAAGGCUGUCCAGUUGCCUGAGAGAGUAGCCACUCUUUAGCCAGACGGAUCCAUGAUGACCCUGACGUGCUUCUGUCGGCCGCCUGGAGAUUGGCACCUGUCAGCUGUGCUGGACUACAAUUCUCAUCGUUCCUGGAGAUGGUGGGAAUUGUUGUCCAAGACACCUGGUCGGUUGCCAGGUGAGGAAAGGCUGGUUUACACUUUUGCUGCUUGCAAUCCAGCAGCCUGCCUCUGCAUCUCCGGCAGCCCCUUCCCUGGGGGACCUUGACAGACAGACAGACACACGCACGCACACACAUGUCACUGCUGAGGAGCUGCACUUAAGAGCCCCUGCCUGCCUGCCUGCCUGCCUGCCUGCCUGCCUGCGGCAUCUGAGGCAGUGGACAAAGUGGGGGAAAGCAGGAUUCAUCCGCCCUCCACCUGCACUGCAUUUAAAAUACCACUUGACUUUGGUCACUUAAGUGCCACUUUGCCAGCCGGGGGCACAUGAAACACAAACACUCAGCUACUGAGCUGAUAAGAGAAGCUGUGUGACCGUAAGGCAUCGCCCUUGCAACCCAAAGGGAACUUACAGAAUUAAUUUCUAGAUUGCUACACAUGGAUUAGCGCUACCGGGAAGGCCCCCUUUUGCUCUGAAAGAGCUGCUUCUGGAAAGGCAAGGUAGUCUGAAUAAAUGAGGAAAAGUAUGUUGCACUUACCCUCAUGGUUAGCUUUCCUGCUUGGUAUCCUUCUAACACUUACUCUGGGAAGCCCAAACAUGCCCAUAUUUGAGGGCCUAGGCAGACAUUAUAGACAACCUAUCACUGAAACAAAGGAAUUCCUUAUCUCCUGAAAGCCUCUGAGUGUACAGCAGGAGUUUAUCCCACCUCCUUUUGUUUACAAAUUAACUUGCUCUGGUUUACAAUUGACAUUCACCACUUGAGCACAGGAUGCCUUUCAAGUCUCAACAGCCUGAAUCACAUUUCUCCAACACUAAAGUGUGCUAACUGCUUGCUAUCACUUUAUUGAUCUGGAGAAUUAAGGUCACGGGAAAGAUUUAGAUGUCUCUCCUUCCCUUCUUUUUCUGAUCUUAAGAACCCUGCUGGAAGCAGCUUUUUUUAAUUUAAAAAGGACCACUAGGGUUACGUAUAUCACAGAUAUCUUUAUGCCAUUCUCAAAGCUUGGGGAAGUUACUAUUUUGGACUACAAGUCCCCGAAUCCUGCAGGCAGCAUUGUCUAUGCUGGCUGAGGGAUUUGGGGACUUGUAGUCCAGAAAAGUAACUUCUUUCAAGCUCCUGUUCUUCUAACAUUGGCCAUUUACUAGCCCAGCGAGCAAGCGAGAUGUGGUGGUAUUCAUGCAAUGUGUUUUUAAAAAGAUACAUAAAAAGUGGAGGGCUCAGUCCAGAGCAGGACCGGGAGAGGACGAAAGGUUAGCAUGAACCCUUUAUUCCCAACAGUGGUCCCGAUCCAUGUCAAGGGGGAGUGACACGCCUGCCAUUGGUUCCAGGAAAAAAAAAACUUCCCGUUGGUAAAAGCUGUCCUUUUGUCACACUACAAUAAGCGAGAAGGAUUUUUUAAAAAAGAAUAGACACCCUUUUAAGCUGUGCCAUGCCACCUGUUGUGGCUCAGCGGUGGGGAUGACUAGUAGGCAAGACUGCCUUUUGUACAAUUCAAUGCCUUACUCCAGAGUGCUAUGACAUGCCACAAUUCACUGCUGAUAUUAUCCUAAUUUUGAGUUAGGAAGCAAAAGUCCCCGCUUGAGGGAGGAAGGCUCGCCUCGCGCCAUGCAAUAAAUGUUCCAAAAGUCUCCUGACCCAACGUUUCUCCUCAGCCUGAAAGAGGUCUGAAGGGGAGCCGCCUGACCAGGCAGAGGCUGGCUGGAAUUCGAUGGGCCCAGGGUUCAAGGCAGGCCACCGGGGCCACUUAUUCCACCCUGUGGCUGAUGGGAUGGUGGGAUUCCCUCCCACCGCCUGCAGGGCUUCGUGACCUUUGCGGGUGAGGGACCAGGGCAGGCAGUUCAGAGGAUAACUCUGCCGUGGCCGUGGCAGAACCUCCCUUUUACGAGAUUCCUGUGAAAAACAGGUUGAAGGCAGGGAGCAGGAGGAGACGGCUGCCUUAACUGCCUCCCACCAUGGGCCCAGCCAACCCACGUCUAGAAACAGGAUGCUGGACUGGAGCCACCGGAGCCCGGUCCCGCACGACCUUGCGCACACAAGGAGGGGAUCCUAUUUCCCAAUCGGCUGUAGGGCGAGCAUCUCUUUGGCCCCAAUCCACAGCACGGCUCUCCUGAGCGAAGCAAACUGAAAUGGACAGGGUGGUUGACCCUGGAGCAGGUCUUAAGACCUCUCUUUCUCCCCGUAGACAGUCAGCAAAGACAGAAGGUGCAUGCACUGAAAGCUAAGGAUCUAGGAUAUGAGCCUGGAAAGAGGCUACGUUCAUUCCCUUCCCUCGUGUGUGUGCGUGUGUGUGCGAUUGUGCACGGCAGGCAUGGAGCUGAAGAGGGGUUUGCUCACUCACGGCACGUAAUGCUUAGGACACUCGGGUGUGUGUGUGUGUGUGUGUGUGUGUGUGUGUGUGUGUGGUUUCACAGUCACUCUGGUUCUUUGCCGACUUAUUCUCAGAGGGGUUCUCCUCCUCAGCGUACCUCAAAAGUUCUCCUGGUGCUUCACAUAAAAAGGCUCGCUCCUCUUGCGAUAAGGACCAAGUUCCCUCUUUUUCUCCAUGGGAGACCAAGGAGGAGAGAGAAUCAUUUUAGAACUUGCCAAUGGCGGCGAUGCUGAAAACAAAGAGUAAGCGAACGGAGGCGCCCCGGAGUUCAGUCACUGCAGAACCAAGAGGCACCUUCUGCUUUUCCGGUGCUUCUGCUGACCAGCUCAUCGUGUUCAGUCCUAGUUCUUGUGUACACGUGGCAGCUUAUGCAGGAGGUCUACUUAGGGAAGGCUGAGCAUUGCCCACUGACGCUGGCGGGGAGUGCCUGCUUGCCCUGCCUUGAUGCAUUUGCUAUUGUUCGUACUAUGAAAAUCAUAACAAAUGCUUUGAAAUGCUCUUCUUGUUCUUUUUUUCCACGUAAUCUUGAAUAUAUCCAAGGACAGGCAUUUUAAACGGUGCAGACAGGCGACCAACUGAUCUUUCGUAUGGGUCACAAUCCGGUGGGAAGUUCAACAUGCAUGGGAUCUCAAGAGCAUAGGCUAGAGCAGAGAUGGUGUGCCAGAGCACCCGUUCCUCCCCCUGUUGCUGGGGCAGAGGGACCGAGGCCACCUACGUCCCUUGGAAGAUGCUACCAGAGUAUGGCACAGGUAUAGCACAUGGACACUGUUCUGGAUGGUCCCCUGAGGGAAGCUUGAGCAAUUGCAGGAUGACGCGGGACUCCAGACUCUGCCCUGCGAUUCUGGGGAUGAUGGCCUCGGAGCCUUCUGGUCACGUUUCUGCUCAUCUCAGGGUUCCAUAGGGUGCGUAAAGGUGGUGCCAAUCUGUGCUAACUUUGUAGUGGCAGUAACGCUUUCACUUAUUAUAUUGCUGAGCCAGAUACAUCCAUGGUCUGACUCCAUAUAUGACAGCACCUCCCAUGGUUCUGUGAAUUUAAUGGGGGCUCCAGCACCCUCGUUUUCCUUUUGUUACUGCCUGAGACAGAGAAUUUGUACCUCUGCCAUCAGUCGGACCAGGGCUUGUUUUGGAAAGCCCUGCCCCCAAAAUCUCUUGGCCCAGUUCAAAUUGCCCCAAACCUAUUCAAAAUCGAUAUUCCUUACCUGCUGGUUGCACAUGGACUAGCUUUGAGCACCCCAGGCAACUAUUUCCUCCUUCUCCACCAUCACUCUCUCAGGAUGAUGUAGGCUGUCGCAGGGCACCCAGAGUAAGAGCGCUUUCCCAAAUUGUGGGGCAUGCCCCACACGAAUAGAAAGGCUCCUUUUCAUCUCGUGGCUGUGACUGAUGGCUGCAGUUGUUGGUUGAGCUGAAGGAGGUGCCUGGACAGAAGCGGGAGGUCAAAAGCUAAAAGGAGGUUGAGGAAAGUGGCCUCUCUGGGGCAAAAAAAGUAGGACUGAUCAGAUAAUGGCAUGACACAUUAAAAAAAUAAAUCAGUGCCAAAAGCAUGCCUCUGACCAUGCUCUUAAAAAGCAAAGUGUGAAAGUAACUUUAAAAAGGUAACUAGGAAAAUGUUACUCACUAGACCAAUUAAAUAACUCAAUUCCUGCUCAUUAUAUAACCUUUGAAAUGCAAGUUAAUUACAUCCUUGUUACAUCCCCCCAUAACUAAUUACUGUCCAGUACAAUAUUUGUUGACUUAUUCCUUCCAAGCUCUGAACACAGUAUAGGGAAAUGACAACACAAAAGCUGAUGGAAGGCAGGCUGGAGUCUUAGUAGGGAGUUGCAGCAGGAAACUCAAAAGGAACGUGAGCUCGGCAGUGAAAGUUAAACACAUCCCGACUUAUUCACAACCGACCGGAUGUGAACAGAAGAGACACCCCCCCCUUUCUCUUGUACAGAGAUUGCCUAUUGCUCUGCCCAUUGUUGACUCUCCCCCCUCCUUGAGAACUCCCCAGGCAGAUCCUGGGGAAAUUUUUAAAAGAAAAAAGGAUCGGAUUUGUGCUGGACACAUUCCACGUGAACUGUGCCCACUUUAUUUGAGAAUAACAGCCUCUGAGACCCUCCAAGUCUCUCUCUCUCUCUCUUAGACUUUGUAAUAUUUUUAAAGAGAAUCACUUCAGUUAGUGGGGAAUAAAGACUCCCGACCUCCCUCUGUAAUUUCAUGAUAUUAACGUAGUAAUUAUUCAUUUAUAAGCAUGCUUCUGUUCUGAAAAGCACUUAUUCCAUGUAACCGGCAAAGCCUAAGCAAAUGUGUAAUUAUUCUGAAAUAACCCUGUAAUUAUCGUCGUUCUUAUGCAGCUGAUCAGAGUAUUCAUUCCCUUGGGAGCAACAGUGGGAUGUUUCCCCCCACCCCUCAGGGUGAAAUGGUAUCAGAAAUGAGAUGGGUCUGUUCUUCUUUUCCUAGGGAGCUGAGAUGCAAGGAUUUUUCACACAAGAAAUAUAUAAUGAGAAAAGUACAGCCAAGCGUUUCUAGAUAACAAAGCCCGUCUGCUUUAAAGCGGUGGCUUAGCUCCCGACUUAUUUGCACUGAAACUGAGAAACUUGGGUCCAUUCAUCCAUGGACCACCUUCUUCCAACCCAUAAAAUGCAUAGGUCGCUUAGGACAGAGCAAGGGUGCAUUGUAGGGGGGGGGGUUGACCUCCCUCCACCUGGCCCAUGAGCCACACAGGCACAAAAUGGCUCUGCCAGGAGCCUGGAAGUCAAAUCCCAGGGAGAUACUUCCUUUCCGUUUUUUUUUGUGUUUUUUU